AAGCAUUCUAAGUCGAGCAGACGACCGAAGGGGGAAUUUCCUUUCAAAAGUAGGCGUUCUUGUGGCCCUUUGCUUAUCCUCUUUUGCUGCCGCCGAACGAUGAGGGUCAUGACAAAAAAAGUUGGUGUCUUCUCGCUAAUAGCAUUAUCAAUCGCGAGUUUCGUGCUCCAGUUUCGUUCUGCAUCGGAUAUAAGUAAAGACGAAGCACUCCUGCACAAAGAGUCCUCGGACUUCGUCCCGUGGAAUCGGCAUGCCCUCCGGACAGAGCAAGGGUCGCCGACUGUGACAGGCAAGUGUGCCAUAAAUAUGUACGGGCUACCGAGAGCAUUUCAAUCUCUCGUUUUGCCUUCACUCAUCAAAAAUGUGAUCCAGCCGAACGCCAUCUACAGCUGCGACUACUUUGUACACUAUUACAACUUGACUGAAGAAACAGCGGGACGAUCUGGAGGUGGAGGACGUAUAAAUCCGGACGAGAUCCUUUUACUUAAACAAGCCGUGCAAGACGUCUCUCCGCAGUCGAUCGUGGAAUUUCAUCACGACACAGAAGCAGCCUUCUGGGAUCGGUAUCAACCCCUUUUAGACAAGAUUCGGACAACUAAAGCUACUGAUGGCCACUAUUUGUACUUUCCAUGGCGAGCCAAAACCUACAAACAUCCGAUUACAACGGACAAUAUCAUCAAAAUGUGGCACAGUAUUCAAUCAGCAUGGAACUUGAUGAUGGAACACGAAACUUUGACAUCCCAACCGUACACGCGGGUUGCCAUGCUACGCUCGGAUGUUGUGUAUAUGACACCGAUCAACGUUUUUGAAAUCAGUCGCCGAAAAGUUCUUGACAAUGAAAAAGCAGCCCUUGUCCCCGCUUUUGGGCGGCACCCUGUGAGUGAUCGCAUCAUCGUGGGGCCAAGGGAUGCGGUCAAAGUGUGGGCGACGGAGCGUUUUGAUCGUCUCGAAACGCACGUGACCUUUGUACAAGAACACAAUCCGGGCUGGGGUAUGCAUUCGGAAAAGUUUCUGAAUUGGACAAUUUUCCCUGCGAUUCGAGAAACGGGGACAUCAAUUGUGGAAGACGACUACUUGUGCUUCUUUCGCGCUCGUGCCGAUGAGACAGUGUGGAUCAAGGACUGUGAGGGAAAGCACGAAGGGAUCGCAGCGCAUUCGAUUCUGAAGAAUCUUGGAGGCAACAAGAAGCACGUUUUGGAGUCCGUACUUGGACGGAAGUGCCUCGACGGAGUGCAGCGCCUCACUCACUCGUUUGCGGCGGUGCACUGUCCGAUGCAGAUGCCACUAUAGAGUACUGAUGCUUUACAGAAUUUUAUUGUUUUCUUUAGCCAUCGGGAGCUGAGACGUCGAUGACUGCAUGAAAGAGGGGCCAGCUUUGAGCCAGGCACAGGGUUCUAUAUCAAGGCAUCCAUUCAUGAUACCUGUAAUGCCAAUGCUGUAUAGAAAGAGGCUGUUUUUGUUAUUUCUGAUUCCAGACUACCAAAAGUAAUCAGGAUCGGCACACUUGGAGGUCAGAUUUCUCGUGAUAGAAUAAAUUUGAAUGGUUUUGCAGAUUCUCCACCACGAGUGCGAGUCAUCUCCGUGAACCAAAAAUUUUUGUUACAAUAAAAUUUAUUGCCAUUCU